CUAAAAGAUACCUCUUAGGAUGCAAGAAAUGUAUCAGACUCAGCACUUAGUAUCACCUAAAUAAACAUAAAUGAUUUAUGUGGGGCUCUUGUCUGCCGUCCCCCACAUGGUGAUGACAAUCAUCGUCCCUAUUGGAGGGCAAUUGGCGGAUUUCUUACGAAGUAAAAAGAUUAUGUCAACAACAAAUGUGAGGAAGCUCAUGAACUGUGGAGGAUUUGGAAUGGAGGCCACACUUCUGCUGGUUGUUGGAUUUUCUCACACACGAGGAGUCGCCAUUUCCUUCCUCGUGCUGGCUGUGGGCUUCAGUGGAUUUGCCAUUUCAGGUUUUAAUGUCAACCAUUUGGAUAUUGCUCCCCGUUAUGCCAGCAUCUUGAUGGGCAUUUCCAAUGGAGUUGGAACGCUGUCUGGAAUGGUGUGCCCACUUAUUGUUGGAGCUUUGACUAAAAACAAGGUAAGAAAUCUCUAG